ACACAAUCUUCCAAUAUAUCACCUUUUUUUAACUACCCGUUUCUCUCUAACAUCAGCCUCAAAAUCAGCAGAGGGAGGUCGCAAUGUCUGCACAGGAGCGUUCACCGCAGGCGGAAUCCGAAUAUGUGCUCGUAGAACUAUCUGAAAUUCGUAAGGAAAUACAGUGCCCAAUUUGUCUUGGAAUCAUAAAGAAAACAAGAACUGCUAUCGACUGCUUGCAUCGCUUUUGCAGGGCAUGUAUUGAAAAAUCAAUACGACUAGGGAACAAUGAAUGUCCUGCUUGCCACAAGCAUUGUGCAAGCGGGCUUUCUUUGAGAGAUGAUCCAAAGUAUGAUGCUCUAAUUGAAGCUUUAUAUCCAAAUAUUGCUAGGUGUGGGGAGGAGGAGCUGGCUUUUGACGAUGAGGAUCCGAAUGGCAAUCAGCAGGUGGUGAGAUUUAUGGAGCUAGCUGUGGAAACUUACAGAUGUUUGCCUCUGUGUGCUUAAUUCCAUCCUGCUUAGUUUGGUGGUACUAAGUUCAGUAAAA